AUGACUCUAUAUCAAUGUGCAGGUUCACUAGGCAGAGUCUGGCGUGCUUUUCUUAUAGUGCCAAUUGCAAAACAGAACACAACAACAAAAGAGGUGCUUUUCAAACCCACCGGAAAAUUCGACGCCAUUCUCAUACUCUCACUCUGUUUAUUUCUCAUUUACCAUGGGUUUAGGAAAGAGUUGUACUUCAUCAAAUUCUUCAAAAAGCUCUCGAAAGCGAGAAGCUACUGUGAUUUCGUUAGCUCAAUAAAAGGUGAGGGAAUUCGGCCAGUUUAUGUUCCGAAAGAAACAUGGGAAAGUUGGAAGAAAUAUUGGGCAGAUCCUAAGGUUAUUGAAAAAUCAAAAAUAGCUUCAAAGAAUCGUCGUGGCGGUGAGGAUGCAGCUGCUAGUGGGACUCACACGGGUGGCUCUAUUUCCAUCGGAGAUCAUCACAAGAGACUUGAAAAAUAUCAAGAAAUACUACAAAAUCAGUCACAAACUCAAUCUGAAGUUGAUCAAUGUCAAGCCUAUUACGAAGCCGUAGGAGGGGUAAAGAAAAGAAGAAUAUAUGGUCUUGGAUCUCAAGCAGUUUUAUAUUAUGGGUCGAAUCUUCGUCCUUCUUCUGUAUCUGAUGCUACGUCCUCAGUACCACCUUCGAAUGCUCAACCAGCAGCGACGGGAACUUUGGAUGAGUUAGUGACGCGAUUAAUUCCUGCAUUGACUGAUAGCAUAAUUCCUGCACUGACUGAUCGCUUGCUUCCUAUUAUUGUUGAGCGGGUACGUGGAUUGAAUCCUUUAGUCUCUUCUCAGAUGGACACUCCUAAUGACCAUUCAUCAUCUAUGGCACCUAUAGUUUCAGCUCCAGCUACUGCCAACAUUGAUCAAGUUCAUGCAUCGGUUUCUGAUGAUGAUCGUGGCUCUUCAGUCUCUCAUUAGUUAGUUUUUUGGUUUGGAUUUUAUGGUUGUUAGUUUUGUUGUUUGGACUUUAUGGAUGUUGCAUAUGAUUUUGGAUUUUUCGGUUUGGAUAUUAUCGUUGUGGAUGCUCCAAACUUAUUUUGCAUUUUUCUAUGUAUUUUGGACCUUGUAGAAUAUUAGUUUCUAUUAAUAAAGUUAUUACAUGAGUAUCUAAUA